GCGGCGGGAGCGAUGGAGAUGCAGUCGUACUACACCAAGCUUUUGGGAGAGCUCAACGAGCAGCGCAAGAGGGACUUCUUCUGCGACUGCAGCAUUAUCGUGGAGGGGAGGAUCUUCAAAGCCCACAAAAACAUUUUAUUCGCCAACAGCGGCUAUUUCCGAGCCCUGCUGAUUCACUACAUCCAAGACAGCGGACGCCACAGCACCGCCUCUCUGGACAUCGUCACCUCGGAGGCCUUCUCCAUCAUCCUGGAUUUCCUUUAUUCCGGGAAGCUAGAUCUCCGUGGGGAAAACGUUAUUGAGGUGAUGUCUGCGGCUAGCUAUUUGCAGAUGACCGAUGUGGUCAACUUCUGCAAGGCGUAUAUAAGGUCAUCGUUAGAUAUUUGCAGGAAAAUAGAGAGAGAAGCUGCUUUCUAUCAGGCUGAUAGCGGGAGCGCUAGUUCUGCGAGAGAGGGCACCUCGUACAGCUCAAAGAGCCAGUGCUCUGCCUCUGUCUCUUCCCUGCAGGAAAAGGAAAGGAUUUCGGAUUGCCAGAGAGACCCUCCCUGUGGAGAAUGCAGCAGCUGCCAUCCCCUGGAGCUUGUGGUCAGAGACCCCGUAAGCAGCGACUCUCCAGACGACGUCAAUUCUUCGCUGCCCAAGGGGGUGGAACCCAAAGUAGAGUUUGACUCGGAUGAAGUAGAGGUCGAAGUGGGUGAACGGCUGCCGCAGUAUCCGACUCCGUUGUCCCUCGAGCAGAUGGAAGAGGGGCUGCACGGCGGGCAGGCGAUGGACCUGGCCUGCAAUAACUAUCACAUGAAACAGUUCCUAGAGGCCCUGUUGCGCAACAGCUCAGCUCAGAGAAAGGAUGAUGUGGUUCAUCACUUUGUCCGGGGCUUUGAGGGUAGGCCAGAGGAUGGAGGGGUAGCCAUGAGUUCCAUGAUGGACAUUCACGGCGACUGGUAUGGUGAGGACACAGGUGAUGUGUUAGUUGUGCCAAUCAAGCUUCACAAAAUUCGCUCUCACACAGGUGAGAGACCCUACCCCUGUGAGACGUGUGGGAAGCGUUUCACUCGGCAGGAACACCUCCGGAGCCAUGCUUUAAGUGUGCAUCGAUCAAACAAGCCGAUCAUCUGUAAAGGCUGCAGGAGAACAUUCACGAGCAGCCUGUCUCAAGGACUGCGACGCUUUGGCUUGUGCGACAGCUGCACCUGCGUGACCACGACCCACGAGGACUCGAUGCCCAUUAACCUCAGCCUGAUGGAACCUUCAUCGGAAGGCCAAGAGAAGGGUGAUGCGGAUAACGAUUGGCCCAUAUACGUGGAGUCUGGAGAGGAAAACGAUCCAGCUGAUGAUGAUGAUGCCGACGGUGAUGACAAGCAGGAAAUCCACAGGAGCUUAUCAGACCGAGAAACACUUAUGUAGCAGUGAGAGGAGAGUGGGAGCGUUUAAAGUGUCUCCCUGGCAGUGGUCAGUCUGCAACAGAAAGCUGCGUAUUUGCCCAAUUAGUGAGACUGUGCUGGGUUUUAUUAU